AAGGCAUUCAGAAAUUUUAUUAUAGCUUUGAAUGCUUUGUUAAGAUAAGUUCUAAGUAAUGUAACCAAUGUGGAAACACUCUUCAUUACUAAUGUAUUUUGUCUUAAAUGUUUAAUAUUUUAUUCAUCACAAGGCAGUAGUAUAUUGCUCCAAAUCCCAACACGUGAUUCUUUAAAAACGAAAAGAACCGAGGAAAAAGGGGAAGCAUCGCAAAAUUGAGUAGGAGCUCACAUUACUAGGGUUAGGUUCUUCGCUCGCGGCAGCAAGAGGGUUUGGUUCCGGCGAUACAGCAAGAACGAUGAGUCGGAGCUUGGGAAUUCCGGUGAAGCUUCUCCACGAAUCGACGGGACACAUAGUGACGGUGGAGAUGAAAAGCGGCGAGGUCUACAGAGGAAGCAUGGUGGAGUGCGAGGACAAUUGGAAUUGCCAGCUCGAAAACAUCACCUACACUGCUAAAGAUGGGAAGGUUUCACAACUUGAACAUGUUUUUAUUCGAGGCAGCAAAGUCAGGUUCAUGAUAAUUCCUGAUAUGCUGAAAAAUGCUCCCAUGUUCAAGCGACUGGAUGCAAAAAUCAAGGGCAAAGGUACAUCGCUUGGAGUUGGGAGGGGACGGGCGAUUGCUAUGCGAGCCAAAGCACAGGCAGCAGGUCGCGGAGGUCCACCUGGAAGAGGCAAUGUGCCACCUGGAAGGCGGUGAUCUCACAAAAGGUGGAUUCGUUUCGCUAUGCUUUUGAUAUCACAUAUAUAUCUACUGUGUACCUCUCUGCGUUUUUUCAAAAUUUCAUGGGAUAUCUAGUGACUGAAAUUGUUUUUUUAACUUCUCCUUUUGGGAUUUCUCAACCAUGUCAUGACUCUUAAAUAUGUUUUGUACAUUUCAAAUCCAAUUUGGCAACAAUCUUACCUCACUGGGAUUAUGCCAAUGUAUUUCUGACCUAGCCACAACCCCAAUCCGAACUCUCACUGGGCUGGGCCUUGUUUUGGGAUUGGCAUAGCCCAAGAAUCCUUUUCACAUGGGCCUAUGCAUCACUUUCAUGU